ACUGUUCGAAGAAUAUAAGUGCUAUAUAAUUUGUCAUAAGACGCGGCCAUGGUGAUUUUAUUAUUCACCUUUGUCCUCGGAAGUAUCGUGGCGGCAUAUAUUUAUCUAACCAAAAAUUAUAACUACUGGCGUGACCGUAACAUUCCGUGCGCGAAGGGCACACUUCCAGGAUUUGGGCAUACAUUGCCGUUGCUUGUCAUGCGAACAACUCUGGGUGAUCUCGUUCAACGGAUCUGUGACCCUUAUCCAGAUCGCAGUAUGGUAGGUUUCUACCAUCAGACUACGCCUGCGUUGGUGAUUCGCGAGCCGGAACUGGUAAAGACUGUCCUGCAAACCAACUUCGCAAGUUUUUCAAGGAACACUUGGAAAAUCGACUCUCAACUGGACCGUCUGAACGUUGCGCACCCUUUUCUCUGCUACGGCGAUACAUGGUUGAUAAGCAGGAAACACAUGGGUCUCGCGUUUACUACCAGAAGCUUGAAAAUCUUUUUAAACCGCAUCCAGCAGGUGUGCAUCAAUCUCGAAAAUUAUUUGAACGACAAGCUAAAGGCGAAUAAUAACACGAUAGAACUCGAGCUUAAUAGUCUGGCCUGCAGAUAUACAACUUCAGUGGCGGCUUAUACCAGUCUCAGCGUAGAAAAUAAAAUCCGCGAGGAGGUGAGGACUGUUCUCGCAAAAUACGAUGGCCAAUUGUCCUACUACGCGCUGAAGGAAAUGACGUACAUAGAUCAAGUGAUCAACGAAUCGCAAAGACUCUAUCCUAUUCUGCCCUGCAUGGGCAAAAUAUGCACUGAGGAGUUCGAACUGAAGAGUUCGGAUGGGCUCAGCUGUCGCAUACAUCCCGGAACAGAGAUCUUCGUGAAUGUCUAUGAAAUACACAGAAACCCGAAAUACUGGCCCAAUCCGGAAGUUUUUGAUCCUGAUCGUUUUUCCUCGGAAAGAAGGACGGAAAUCCAGAAGUACACUUUUUUGCCGUUCGGUGAGGGUCCGAGAAUCUGCGUGGCAAUGAGAAUGGCUAUGUUGCAAACGAAAGCUUAUCUAGCCUUGAUCAUGAAGAAUUACACUUUGGAGUUAUCGUCUAAGACACCCAAGGAGCCGCUAAAGUUUAUGCCAGGCAGUUUUCUUCUAAAAUCUGUUAGUGAUUUAUGGGUUCAUCUUAAGCCUCUUUAAUUCUUUGUGUUAGAGAAUAUUGUAGAAAAUAAUGAAUACAUAAUAUUAAGCUAUUGUGAAAUAUCGCAGAUAAGUUUGGAUAAAUGGACAUUUUUCUAAAUGACAAAAAUUACGAAAUUAUGUAAAAUUAUGAAAAUUAUUUUAAUAGUUGAUAUGGCCAGUGUUAUAACGCAACCUGAACUUUGAAUUACUUUCACCUAUUGCAGAAAAACGUGACAUAUUUAAGUAUAUAUAACCAAAUUUAUAUGCAAAUAAACAUAUAUUUACAAUUACUAACCGUAACCUUGAAAUAAUACAUAUUAGAGUUAGUUGCGCAAGUUAAACACAUAUUAUACACAUAAUAUACAUAUUAAACACAUAUUGUACUUACGCAUAUGAACGUGACAGAAUGUAUGUGAGUAUUUGAUUGUAUUUAAACUCUUAUUUUUUAUUUUUAUCACUGCAGCUUUACACGCUUAUCAUUAAUGUAUCAAUAGAACGGAAAUGAAGUUAAAUUGAAAAACAGAGAUAAAAUAUGCUGAAAUAUAAAUAUUAUUUAUGUCAGUAAA